UAAAGAUCUUUUGCAACACUUCCUCUAAUUGUCAAGAUGACCGACUUGCUGUCCGUGGUGUCGGAGGCGGAGAGGAACUCCUUUCCAACCAUCUCUCAGCUCUCGGAAAACGACGUUGACAGCAUUUGGUCAAACGUGUCAUCUUUCGUGGAGAGACAGAUGACCUUGCAAAAGGGGGUCUACAUCCCAGGCCUGGGAACCUUCACCUUCUCUCAGCAGAAGCUGGACGUAGGCAACAAGUUUGUUUUGAUCCAGCGACCCGUCUUCCUGCUCUCUGAGAAGCUGUCCCAGUCACACGGGCUCAAGCAGGUCAAACCACUGUCUGCAGCAGGGGACGUGCCAGUGGUCCAGCUCAACUUCACAGCCCUGUCUGUGGAGAGCCCGUUUGAGCGUCACGUGGUGGAGGGCUGUGUGAGAGAGACUCUGCUGGUGUUGCUGAGAGCCGUUGCCGCCGGACGCUCAGUCCUCUUCACCGUCCACGCCAUCGGAGAGCUGUCGUUCUGCCAGAGCAAAGUCAAGAUGAAGUUCUACCACGACUUUGUCACCGCCAUGGACGGCAGUGGGAAGCUGCUCCGGGCUCUCUCCAAUAGACCUGGCACCAGCAACUCUCUCCUGUUUGGGAGAGGAUCCAGUAUACAGGGACCAGGGACCAGCAACACCAUCAUCCUCCCUAAGAUCUCCUCCGAACAGCGGGGGAAGGACUGGGGAGAGGAGACCCUAGCCCAGGUCCAGACAAACUCAGACAGGAAGGAGGAGAAUGGUGAAUCGCCGGUGACUCCGCGGUCCAGAUCCAGACACACCCUGGGCCCAGCCAAGGUUAACGGGAUCAUUCUCACUGAUGACCUUGAGCCCAGACCUCCAGCAGAGACCAACACUGACAGGUCCACAGUGUCUAUCCUACCACUGCAGGGCGCUGCUCUGAAGCAGGGGAAGGUGAAGAGGGGGGACUCUCACCUGGACGUUCCCUGUGUCGACCACAACCGGGCUGGACAGGAGUUGUGUUACCUGUGCAUGCAGCGUGCCCAGCGUAACAUCCCCCAUUACCUGGCAGAAGAGAGGCUGAGGGAACAGCAGGAGGAGGAGAGGGUGUUACUGGUCAACGAGCAGCGCAGAGACCAGUGCUACCUGCAGAGGGAGCAGGCGGACCGUCUGGAGAAACGUGAGAACAACCAGAAGGUGGCAGCGUUCAACCUGGGAGUGUCUGAAGCCAUGAAGGAGAAGAAGGUUGCUUGCUCCUCCCACUUCCAUGGUUCGUACAUCUUCGGGGGCCGUCCCCUCACCCCUCCCAGGGUCCAUAAGCAGCGCGGCUACAUGAAGGAUCUGCGGGCCCAGGCGGAGUGGAGGGAGGACCAGGUCAGCAUGACUCAGCAGGAUCAGGAGCUCAUCGACCUGCUACACCAGGUCCAGCUGGCACAGGAAAUCACCUUGCAUAAGUCCCAGCAACUCCACCUGAAACAGAAGAACACUAGCUGCUACAAGAAAGCCCUGGAUAUACAGGUGGAGUGCCAGGGCACGGGCCUCCCAGCGUGCCAGCCCGACUCGGACGGCCCUGUGUUCGGCCAGCUGGACUGUACCCCUGCUGGGCUGUCAGAGCAGAGGCAGCGGGCGGAGAAGGUCUACCAGGAACAGCUGACCACGGCUAAUAACAAGAGAAAAGAGCAGCUCCUUAACCGCUGCACCAAACAGAAGAACGAGAGAGAGAUGCUCAACAGGAACAGGAAGGAACUGAUAAACGACCAUAUCAACCGCUUUGAGAAGCUGCAUAACCUGCGGGCCUCGCUGGAGGAGACCUGGAGACACAGCGCUGACCUGAAACGCCACCGAGACCGAGAGGAGAAGGAAUUCAUCAGGUCUGGGAGCAGUCUGCUGAUUGACCAGUGUGAGCAGUACCGCCGCUGUUACCAGUGCAAGAGGAAGACAGAGAACUGUGGAGAGACAAACAUCUGGAAAAAGUCUCACUACAUCCCUGGCUCUCGCCUCAUGGUGUAGACCGCUGCAACCUGGUCUCAGAGCAAACGUAUUAUAAUCCAUGCCACUCCAUUUAGUAUGAUAUGUUACUUUACGUUAGGUUACAUUACAUUGGCCUACCAACGUAAUAGUGGUCGUACAAUAUAAUACGAAUAGUAGGACGUAUAGUAUCCUACGUCUUGGUCGCACCAGUUUCCUUUGCCCCGUUUAGUAUGAUAUAUUACAUUUGACUGCUUUAGCAUAACCUGCUACAUUAGGUUAGGGGUUAAGGUGAGGGUUAGG